AUGGCGAUUAUCAAGAAUACAAACAGGGGUGCCGAAGAGUACGGCCGGGAGGAGUCGGGCGCCGAGGAAUUCGAUCCGGAGGAGUCGGGAGCUGAGGAGGAGAUGCAGUCUGGGCGGCCCUGGCCGGUGCUGCGCUCAGUGAACUUCUGCAACCGCAGCCCGCGCAUCGUGCUGCCUGUGUGGCUCAACUUCGACGGCGAGCCGCAGCCCUACCCCACGCUGCCGCUGGGCACCGGCCGCCGCAUCCACAGCUACCGAGUGUAUACCCUGAAAGAGCGAUGCCUGCAGGUUGUCCCAAGCCUAGUCAAGCCUGAGAACUACAGGAGACUGGACAUCGUCAGGUCCCUCUAUGAAGAUCUGGAAGACCACCCAAAUGUGCAGAAAGACCUGGAACGGCUAACACAGGAGCACAUUGAAAAUCAGCGAUUGGAAUAGUAGGAGACUGAAGAAUUUAAUUGAAGUUAGCAUUCCUGCAUCUCAGCUUUUGAUCAUACUGAUGAGGCUUGAUCUAGAUAUAGGACUGGUCAUUACCCUCAGUUU